CGCCCCGUAUUUCAGGGGUGGCUUGUGGGUGUCACUGCUUGGCCUCUAUAUGGGGAGGCCGCAGAGGCCUCGGGACACGGUGACGGAUGUGCGCGUCAGGGAGCCGGCUUUUCGCGUUCAUUUGGAAAGGAGCGACGGUGCUGAAUCGCGCCGUAGAGGCCACGCUUGAACCCUGUGCCUUAAAAGGUCCGGCGGAGAGGCUUCGCUAGUGCUGCAGCUGGAGGUGCUAGCUAGCCGCCAUGUCCGCAGUAAGUGCGCCGGAAAUGGUGCCGUGCGGGGCGUCUCUACAGCGGGCUCUCCGCGGAAAGCACCCCGCUCCCCCGGAACCAGAUGCCUCAAUAACGGCAGGCUUUCACAGCUAACCAGGUAAGACCGUGACAGAUGAGUUGUAAUGGAUGAAGAUGUAACAGAACUGGUUCUGCAUUCAGAGGAGCCACAGAUCAUACUCCAUGGAUCUGGUGAGGCUGGAGACCCUGAAGAGGAGAUUGUGACCCGGCUGCUGGAGGUGCGGGAGGAGAAAGAGCAGAUAGUGAUCCAGGACAGUGUUCAGGGCACCAUGUCUGAGUAUGUGCAGGAUGUCACCAUGGAGACCUGUGUGAUGUCCCUGGAGGAUGAGCUGCAGGAUGACACGGCCUCGGAGGGGGUUCUUGUGGCGGGGGGCGAUGGGCAGGACACCUGUGAGGACUACCUCAUGAUUUCAUUGGACGACACGGAUAAGAUGGUGCAUGGAAACAGCACAGAGGUCACCGUGGGGGACCGACAGAAGGAGAACGAGGGAGAGGAGGUCAUUAAGGUCUACAUUUUCAAGGCUGACUCCGGGAAUCAUGACCCAGGUGCAGAGAAGGUAGCAGAUGAGGUGUACAUGGAGGUGAUGGUGGGGGGUGGCGAGCCAGUCUCUCACGAACAGCCUUGCGUAGAACCUGCCCCCACUAGCUCCGCCCCCAACAGCCCCCCAUUCAACAAGGACCUGGCGCCUAUGAGUUGGGCUGCUCCGUACGGUGGUGUCCACAAAGCGGAUUCCAGUGCGAGCAGAAACGGCGUGGCCGGUACUCGGCCACACGGGGAUGUGGGAGGCGGGGCCAUGGGCGUGACCAAGGCUGGCCGGCAGGGUGGCGGCAGUACCAGGAGGCGUGCAGAGCCCUGGCAGGUCCAGACAGCUGUCAUCAUGGGCCCCUAUGGUCAGCCAAUCACUGUCUACCCCUGCAUGCUUUGUGGCAAGAAGUUCAAAUCCCGGGGAUUUCUGAAACGCCAUAUACUGAACUGGCACCAGGACGUACUGAACCGUAAGAAGUACCAGUGCCCGGACUGUGAGUUCAGUACCAAUAAGAAGGCCAGCCUGCACAGCCACAUGGAGGUGCAUGCGCCGGUCAGCAAGGCGCCGCUGGCCUGUGAUGAGUGCGGCAGGGAGUUCCACCAGCAGGCGGCGCUCUAUGCGCACAGGCUACAGCAUCAUGACCCCAAGCCCCAGGUGACAGCAAGCCCUGCACCCAAGAUGCAUAAGUGUAAAUUCUGUGACUACGAGACAGCUGAGCAGGGCUCUCUGGACCGCCACCUGCUGGCUAUGCAUAGCAAGAGCUUCCCCCACAUCUGCGUAGAGUGUGGCAGCUGCUUCCAGCUCCCUGCGGAGCUGAAGGAACACAUGCUGACCCACACGGUGCAGAAGGUCUACUCCUGCAACUAUGAGACGACGGACUCGUCUGAACUGAAGACAGAUGUGCAGAUGACGCAGGAAGAAGAGACAUCUUACCAGUGCGAGCGCUGUCCGCUGGCAUUCCCUGAGCAUGAGGAGCUGUUGCGGCACGCGCAGUCACAUGAGGAACCGCGCACCCACCAGUGUGCCCACUGCGAGCACCGCAGCUCCAACUCCAGUGACCUCAAGCGGCACGUCAUCUCGGUGCACACCAAGGACUACCCGCACAAGUGUGCCAUCUGCGCCAAGGGCUUCCACCGGCCGUCGGAGCUGAAGAAGCAUGCGGCGGCGCACCGCGCCAAGAAGCCCCACCAGUGCCGGCACUGCAGCUUCCGGGCCGCUGAUCCCUUCCUGCUCAGCCGCCACAUUCUGUCGGUGCACACCAAGGAGGCGCCGGCCAUCCCCGAAAAGCGUGGCCGCAGGACAGGCGGGGGGGCGGUGAUGCCGGCCGGUCCCGGGGUUAAGAAGGGUGGCACCAAGGCCCCGCGGGAACGCCGCGUCUACCAGUGCCAGUAUUGCGACUACAGCACCGGAGAUGCCUCGGGCUUCAAGCGGCAUGUCAUCUCCAUCCACACCAAGGACUACCCCCACCGCUGCCAGGUUUGCGGCAAGGGCUUCCGGCGGCCUUCCGAGAAGAACCAGCAUAUCAUGCGGCACCACAAGGAGCUGGCACCAGCGCCGUGAGCUGAGGGCAGGGUGUGAGGGCGGGGCCUCUCUCUGUGUGGCGAGCUGAGGGCGGGGCUUCCCUGUGCACGGCAACCUGAGGGCGGGGCUUCCCUGUGCACGGCAACCUGAGGGCGGGGCUUUCCUGUGCACGGCAACCUGAGGGCGGGGCCUCCCUGUGCGCGGCAACCUGAGGGCGGGGCCUCCCUGUGCGCGGCAACCUGAGGGCGGGGCCUCCCUGUGCACGACAACCUGAGGGCGGGGCCUCCCUGUGCGUGGUAACCUGAGGGCGGGGCCUCCCUGUGCACCGGACUGCACUCUCAUCCUGCUCAAUGUCUGACUCUAUUUCUCCUGUGAGUUUGUAUCAUUUGUUGGACCAGUGGCUUCAGAGGAUGUGCUCUAUACCAUCUAUGCUCCAUCGGAUUCCUCGAGGGCCCCUAGCUAUUCCAAAUUUGUUAUAUUUCUACUAAUUAUUACAUCUUUAAUCUUCCAACCAAUAAUUAGCAGUAUUAGCUAAUCAGAUUGCUUAGCGGUAGAAUAGAACAAAUAUAUGGAAUUCCUUGGGGUACUCCGGGAGGUAUUUGGGAACCACUGUCAGAGAAGUGUUUUUGUGUCUGCUGCCUCCUGCUGUUGGUAGUAAACACUGCAGGAUGAGCUAGGGUCUGUACUCAGUGUCUUGAAACUGUGAGUUCAUGGGUGGUCGUUCACAUUUUUGAGGUGGUCCAUAAGAAUAGUUGUUAGAAAUGUUUCUUAAUGAAGUAAAUGUAAAAAUCUAACUCGAAAAUGAAAUUCAAUAAAGCUGCACUUAUGGACACACUUCAGGCAGCAAGUUGUGUGAAUUUAAUGGAGAUCCAGUGAAAGCCUUUUAUGCCAUAUUUUGUGUUAUGCCUGUAGAUUGAUGUGUGUAACUGAGGAAGCUGUGUGUCUGUGUGUGCAGAGAGCCAUCAAGGCACCUCCCAGCUUCUUCAGACCUUCUGUGGGACAGAGUGGGACUCACUGUGCCAUGUGCAGAUGCUGUGCGUGCUGAUGUCAUUAAUGCUGUAGUGGUGGCCGACAGCCUGGGCUGUCUCUGGUGUCGUUCACAGACAGAGAGAUGUCACUAACUUAGAUCUGGACGUUCAUUUUUGUGUACGGCCUUGUCCUAUAAACCCUGGGCCUGCGUAAUUCCAAAUUUAAUCAUGGAAGUUCUGUUUAACUAGAAUUGUAUUAUAUCUAAAUUAUUUUGUAUUGGAACCAACACCUCUGUAAAUUUCUGUUAAGGAAAAAAUGUUUUUUUGUAAUUGGUAUGAAAAUUAAAUAAAUGGCAGUAUUUUCAUUGA